UUUUUUUUUUGGUUGACUAAAUAUACUUUUAUUAUUCUUAUCUUCAUUAUAUUCCCAUUAUACUCUAAUAGCACAUGGAUGGAAAAAUAGAAGAACGGCGGGAAAAUGGCAAAGUUAGACGUAAAGGUGAAUUUGUAUUGAUUCAAGAUAACAAAGCAACUACUAUCCGGUUCAAAUUGGAAGUCUACCAAUUACCAGAAGUGGCAAUGCAUGUUGACAGCGAAGGACGAGGACGACAUACUUUUCGACUCCAUUUUAUUCAACAACAAGGUGAUGGUAUGGCACUUAUGAUGGGUGUACAAUGGAUAGAACAAACACUUCAAACCAAUCCUUGUUACGAACAACCUCCAAAACAACAACAAUCACAACAUUCUAAUACUUCCUCCUUAGGAAUAUCUUGGAAACCUUUAGCAUAGACUUUUUUAUUUGAAAUCGAAUAAAACUUUCAUGUUCCGAAACCUUUUUUUCUA